AUGGGUCUCAUGUUUCACGGGUUUAUUAUCUCAAGCAGGGCCGAGGGCGUGGGGGUGCGUGCAACCGCGACCGGAGAUCUUGCAGACGCAUUGGGCAAAACACAAAAAGACGGAGGAGGAGAAGGAGAGAGAGGAGGUGGGGCUGGACAAGAGGUUCCUUGCAUUCAGAGUAGGAUGGAGUUGGGGGAGGAGAUUGGGAGAGGGCAUUCUGGGUAUACUUGUUCUGCUAAGUUCAAGAGAGGAGAGCUCAAGGAUCAUGAGGUUGCUGUUAAAGUCACCCUAAAUCUAAAGAUGACAACUGCAAUAUCUAUAGAGGAUGUGAGAAGAGAAGUGAAAAUCCUGCGGGCGUUAUCUGGACAUAACAACCUUGUACAGUUCUAUGAUGCUUUCGAGGACAAUGCCAACGUCUACAUCGUUAUGGAGUUAUGUGGAGGUGGGCAACUCCUUGACAGAAUACUAGCAAGGGGAGGGAAAUACACUGAAGAUGAUGCAAAAGCAGUGCUUAUACAGAUCCUUAACGUUGUAGCUUUCUGUCAUCUCCAAGGAGUUGUUCAUCGAGAUUUAAAACCAGAGAACUUCUUGUACACUUCCAAAGAGGACAACUCUCAGUUGAAAGUGAUAGACUUCGGUUUAUCAGACUUUGUCAGACCAGACGAACGACUAAAUGAUAUAGUGGGUAGUGCAUAUUACGUAGCCCCUGAAGUUCUGCACAACAGAUCUUAUUAUAUCGACUGCUGUAAUAUAGCAGCAGAUGUACAAGUUAUAAGAAUCAUAAUUGAGGAAAACUAUAUAGUUUGGCUAUUUGCAUGUUCUAUUUGA